AUGAGCGAAAGCACAAGGCUUAAGAGCACGGUCUACGUGGGUGGUCUCGACCAGGCCGUGUCAGCGCAGACCCUGGCGGAAGCAUUUGUUCCAUUUGGAGAGGUUGUCGACAUCUCUCUGCCCAAAUCAGACGGGCCCAACUCCACCGACACCCACCGCGGCUUUGGAUAUGUCGAGUUCGAUCUUCCCCAGGACGCUAAAGAAGCCAUCGACAACAUGGAUGGCAGCGAACUAUACGGGCGCACCAUCAAGGUCGCAGCUGCCAAACCACAGAAGGACGCUAACGAGGGACUGGGCAGCAAGACUGCCAUCUGGGAGCAGGAGGGCUAUUUGGCCAAGUAUGCAGUCGACGAAGAGGACAGGCAGGCAGCCGAAGAAGCUCGGGAGGCCAGCAACCGGCCGAUGGACCCGAUGCAAGGCUUGGAGCAGCUCGACGUUGCCGGGCCCAAACCCGAAUGA